AUGAAGCCAGAGCAGGUUGCUCAGCAUUUUAACCAGCUUAGGCUUGACACCCUCCAAGGACAGAGACUGCACAACUCCAUAGACAACCUGCUCCAGUUCCUGACUGUCCUCAUGGUGAGAAACCUCUGCUGCCAGUGCGGCGUGCCCAUCGCGCCCAACCCGGCCAACAUGUGCGUGGGGUGCCUGCGGGCGCAGCUGGACAUCACCGAGGGCAUCCCCAAGCAGGGCACCCUCCACUUCUGCAAGCAGUGCGAAAGGUAUCUUCAGCCUCCAGGAACCUGGAUUCAGUGUACCUUAGAAUCCAGAGAGCUUCUUGCUUUGUGUCUUAAAAAAAUCAAAGCUUCACUGAGCAAGGUCCGGCUGAUUGAUGCAGGCUUUAUUUGGACUGAACCACAUUCUAAGAGGCUGAAGCUGAAACUGACUGUUCAGAAAGAGGUGAUAAAUGGAGCAGUUCUUCAGCAAGUAUUUGUGGUGGAAUAUAUAAUUCAGUCUCAAAUGUGUGAAGACUGUCAUAGGAUUGAAGCUAAGGAUUUCUGGAAAGCUGUAGUGCAAGUCAGACAAAAGACUCUGCACAAGAAGACUUUCUACUAUUUGGAGCAGCUGAUUUUAAAACACAGGCUUCAUCAAAAUACACUUCGCAUCAAAGAAAUCCAUGAUGGCCUGGAUUUUUAUUAUUCUUCAAAGCAACAGGCCCAGAAGAUGGUAGACUUUCUUCAGUGUACAGUUCCAUCUAGAUCAAAAUCAUCCCAACGUUUGAUCUCACAUGAUAUUCAUAGUAAUGUCUACAAUUACAAAAGCACUUUCUCUGUGGAAAUUGUUCCAAUAUGCAAGGACAAUGUUGUAUGUCUCUCACCAAAACUGGCACAGAGUCUUGGUAACAUGAGCCAGAUCUGUGUGUGCAUUAGAGUAACAAGUACCAUCCACCUCAUCGAUCCUAGCACUCUACAGAUUGCUGAAAUUGAUGGAAAUACCUACUGGCGCCACCCUUUCAAUAGCUUGUUCCACCCAAAACAACUAGAGGAAUUUAUCAUUAUGGAUAUCAAUAGGGUUCAAGAAAAGAAAAAAGGUGCAGGUGCAGGGGCAAGAUCAAACAAGCAUACACUGGCUGAAGCCUGGGUACAAAAAACCUCGGAGUUGAAUACAGAUCAUCAGUAUUUCUGCUGUACUCACUUGGGGCACAUUCUGAAUCCUGGCGACCUUGUCUUGGGAUUCGACUUGGCGAACUGCAACUUAAAUGACGAGUUUGCCAAUAAGAUGAACCCACACAGUAUUCCUGAUGUGGUAUUAAUAAAGAAGAGCUAUGACCGUACUAAACGCCAGCGUCGCAGAAACUGGAAGCUGAAAGAGCUAGAAAGGGACAGAGAAGGCACGGAUACAGACGAUGAAAGACAAUACCAGGACUUCCUUGAAGAUCUCGAAGAAGAUGAAGCCAUAAGGAAGAAUGUCAACAUUUACAGAAAUGCAGAUGUUCCAGUGGAGAGCGACACGGAUGAUGAUGGUCCUCCGCGAAUCAGUCUGGCAGAAAUGCUAGAGGAUCUCCAUAUUUCCCAGGAUGCCACUGGUGGGGAGGGAGCAAAUAUGAUGACAGAAUAAGAAUAGUGCACUAGUUAACGCAAUAAAUAUUCCCUUAGUGAGGAAAAAGUACCCAAAACAUAAGUAAACAUUACAAACUGAUCACAUGAACAUGAAAAGUAUACCCCUAAAUAAUGGUCCUAAAUUAAUAUUUCAUAUAUACUCUUCUAGAGAAUCAGCAAUUAAAUUUCUGGUGCAAGCAUUGCGAUGUAAGUUCAACAAGUUCCUCCCAUCCCUAAGUGCUCUCUCCUUGCAACUUCUGCAGUGUAAAGACUAGCUGACUAACUGCGGAGUUAUCCAUUGGGAGUAAUCAUUGUCUUGUGCUGAAGACAGCUGAUAAGGAAAGAUGUCCAAAGGGAGAGAUUUUAUUCUAGUUUGCUAGAUUUGUAGGUAAAGUACCUACCUACUAUUUAUUGCUUUCAUUUCUUCACGAGAAGGAUUUUUCCUAUCUUAAUCUUUUUGGUUCAAUGGUUUGAAGCCUUUUAUGAUACUGCUAGAUUAUUCAAUAUAACAAUAUUUUGGGGAAGCUCAAGAAUGUAUCUUCUGCUCCUUUGGUAAGGGAACUCCAAAUAUGCAUGUUUACACGAAGAAACUUCCCUGUAAAUUGAUUGAAGAUGCAGCCCUUGAUCAGAAGGAUUGCAAACUUGUGUUAAGUAUAAUGAAUAUUGUAUUGUACUAUAUUCCAUGCCUGUAUCAGUGGAUUAAAAGCAAUAUGCAUAAUGUCUAAUUAAUACACCAGAUAGGAACUAUUAAAAAACUAUUCAGAUG